AUGGAAGAGGAGGCUAAUGUCGCGCAGGCAUCGGCUUCUCCGUCCAGCAAUGGCGAGUCCGAGUCACCAUGCGUGACGAUGUUGCCAAACUUUGGCGCCGGAAAUUCGCCCAACAUGUGCCCAGCCGGCAACGCUCCGCAGACCUUCAUUGCAGUGCCCAUGAUGAUGCCGCUAAUGACCACCAUGUCGGUUCACCAGCCCCAACCUAUGCAGCCCGUGCAGCAGCCAAUGGGACAGAUGCAGCCCAGGAUGCAGCCCAUGCUGCAGCCCACCCAACCUGUGCAGCCCAUGGGACCCAUCAUGCAGCCGAUGCAGCCUUUGCGUCCUGCCCAGCCCAUGCAGCCCAUGCAGGCAAUGCAGGCGCAGCCCAUGCCAGUCAUGCAGGCAAUGCAAGCGCAGCCCAUGCCUGCGCCAUCCAUGAUGCAGCUCCUGAGCACUGAUGCCCCGGUUCUUUCCCCUAAGUCCCAGAUGCCCGUCGACGAAAUCUCCGAAGACAUCUUUCAAAAAGCCUCAACCGUCGCGGGCAGUGACGAUGAUGACGAUGACCUGGAGAGCAUCAGCGAGCUGAGCACGGAGUGGGCUCGUGCGGUCUCUCAGGGAUCUUCGGAAUGCCCGGUGGAGCGUACUUUUAUUCAGUUCCACACCCGGGUGUCCGGUUCGCACCGACGAUCGAGGUCCGUGUAA